AUGCGUAAAUGGACACUCACAGUGAGGGGGGAGCUAGGGUUGGCCGCCGGCGGUAUUCCGGCAGGCGGUCCGGCCGGGGAGGGGUGCACCAGGUGGCGGGGCUCCGGGGAACUCCACGACAGGCGGCGCAGGGCGGCCGGAGGUGCGGCGGCGGCGUACGGAGCCGCUAACUCCCUUGCGGUUUGGUGUUUUCCAACAGCUGCCGGCGGCGACGCGACGGCCGGGGCUGGUCGGGGCCGGUCGGGGACGAUGCCGGGGGUCGAGGCGGUGGCCGAGCUUGCGUCGGCGGGCGGCGGCGAUGCCGGGAGUGAGAGGCGGCCCAGCGCUGGCGCCGCUACAGCACAAGGCGGCGGCAGGGCACCUGCGGCGGCCGGCGGCGCUCAAGGGUGGCCGGGGUUGGUGGCGUGGUGCGCCGGACAGUCGCGGAGACCUCCGGCCGUCGGACGGCGCGGCGUCACACACCGAGCCACCCAGCUUCGGCCUGGGUGGUGUCCAUGGGGCGCAGGCGGCUACGGCGCUCCGGCGGCGCACGGCGACGGUGGGGUCGGCGGGGACGUGCCGGGGGGGUGUCUGGGUCGGGGGCACACCUCACUCGAGGCUGGCCGGCUCAGGGGGUGCUGGGUACAACCUCGGCCAAGGUGGAGGGAGGGAGGAAGGUUGGAGCUUGGGAAAUCUUUCCGGCGACGGCGCGCUGCGCGCGCCGGGGUGCAAGCACGGUGGGCAGGGGCUCCUAGGUGGCUGGCACAGGGAGGGGCGAUAGGUUAG